AUGAAAAAGAUAGCGGAACUCGAAUUAGAGAAAAAAGAUCUUUAUACACAAAUAAACUCGGCGAUAGAAGACAGCAUUGCUACAUUGAAAAAAUAUAAUGACACGGAAUCAUUGACCGGCCUUAAAUAUAUUGAAGAACUUAAGAACCAUUUAAAAGAAUUAAACUAUACUGAAAACAAAAACAAUGACACCCUUACUAAGGACCAAGAAUCAGAUUUAAAGAACAGAAGAAAAUUUAAUUUACAAGAACUCCUCGGCUCUUUGAAGAAGAAAAAAGUUAAAGAGAACCCUUUUGAUUUUGAACAAGCGCUUACACCGAAAAAAGUGUCUGAGGCGGAAUUAAAGAAAAUAUUACAAAACCGAAUUAAGAUGCAAAAGAAACUAGACGAAUGGAUUAAACAGAGACAAAAAGAAAAAGAUCGCUUGGCUGAAUACAGGCUGCAGAAGAAAAGGUUAUUAAUGUCCGGGAUAUAUGAGAAGUGUCCGAGGUUCGGAUACAGCGGGAACAAGAAGACAUCCAACAAAAAACCUGACGAUACUAAGAAAAGAAAGAAAUGCAAAAUAAAGAUAACUUCUUCGGGUGGAGAACAGGACUUGAACGAAUGUUUGAAGAAUAUGCAAAAGGCAGAAGAAAUUAAAAGUGCGAAAACAAAAAUAUCAAACAAAAGAAAAUAUCCGUGUUGUAGGAAAUGUUGUAAGAAAUCGUACAUGGGCUGUCUUUAA